AGUAAGUUUCAUCACUCAAACAUUGAGAGUAAGGUUCAGCUGAGAGCACAGUCAGAAAGGCAAAGUCAGAAAAACAGGCGGGGGGACGGGGUCACCAUGGACAGUCCUCUUGUUUCUGGUUCAGGAUGACGGCCCUCCUGCUGUCCUUUGUCUUCCUCGUGUCUUUCUUGGGCAAAAUGGAGGCUGCAGAACCAUCUGGUUGCAAAAUCCGUAUCACCAACAAAGGAUUGGAAAAGUUGAAGUCAGAGACUGAGAAGUUUGUUGAAGAGGAGCUCUGCAACAUCAGCAUGCCAGAGAUGAUGGGCAAAGAAGGACGCUUCCAGUACACCAUCACUGAUGUGAAGAUAACAGAACUCAUCCUGGCUCAUGCUGAGCUGCAGUUCAUCCCUGAUGUUGGCCUGUUGUUCGACAUCCAGAAUUCAUCCAUCUCGCUAAGUUUCCACCGACAGAUCCUCUACUGGUUCUUUUAUGACACAGGAAACAUUAACGCCUCAGCGGAAGGAGUCAACAUCAACACAGCUGUAAACCUCAUCCGGGACCACGAGGGACGGCUGAAGAUCAACAACAUCACCUGCGAUGCCAAAAUCAACAGGAUGAGAGCAAAGUUCAGCGGAACGCUGGGGAAAGUAUAUGACUUUGUGGCCAAAUUUCUAACAACGGGCAUGCGCUUCUUCCUUAACCAACGGAUCUGUCCAGCUCUGAAUCAUGCUGCUCUUGUUCACGUCAACUCGCUGCUGGAGACGAUUCCUGUGAAGACGGAGGUGGACAACUACAUUGGAAUUGAUUAUUCCCUGAUUGAAGAUCCCGUCGUGACGUCUCGGAGCCUGGACAUGCACUUUCGGGGGAUGUUCUUUGACCUGUCUCACCAGAACCUUACCCUGGUGAACUAUGCUGUGGACCCAAUCAUCAGAGAGUACGACCGCAUGGUGUAUCUGGCUCUGUCCGAGUUCUUCUUUGACAGCGGGAUGUUCUCUUACUACACUGCUGGAAUCUUUCAAAUGGACAUCGUCAAUGAAAAGAUGCCAAAAGACCUGGAAAUGUUGUUGAGAACCACCUACUUUGGAACCAUCAUGAUCACAAAUCCAGCUCUGGUGGACGCUCCACUUGCUCUACAACUUGCUGUUAACUCCCCGCCCAAAACCACCAUCAAGACCUCCGGAGCAACGGUCUUCAUGACUGCUAUUGUGAAGGUGAUGCUUCUGCCUCCCGGCCAGCCUGCAGUUCAGCUCAGCAGCAUGACCAUGGAAGCAAAGUUUAACGCCAAAGUUUCCAUGAAGGGAAAGCGUUUGGCCGUGCACGCCGACCUCCGCAGGUUUAAGAUCUUCUCCAAUCAAUCAGCUCUGGAGUCUCUGGCUCUGAUUCCUCUGCAGGCUCCUCUGAAGACCAUGUUGCAAAUGUCUGUGGUUCCUCUGAUCAACAACUGGACAAAGAGGGGAGUGCGCAUCCCGUUGGCUGAUGGGAUGGACUUUGUGGAGGAGGUAGUUGAGUAUCACAAUGGCUUCAUUGUGAUCGGAGCAAAUCUUCAUUUCAGCAAAGGACUGCGGGAAAUGAUGCUGGGCAACACCAACUCCACCACCAUGGCCUAAAUGUGAAUGAAAAUGACCACGGACUUCAUCUUUGUAUGAAAGAGACAUGCCAAGGGUUUUAGACUAUAAAGACACGCACACACAAAUAUGCACACAAACAAGUUAAAGAGGAAAAACUUUUUGUACUUAAUGCUUUUAAUUCUUAUUUUACGUUUUUGCAUUAUUGUAAUAAUCCACCACAUCUGUGUUAAUGACAGCACCAGUACACUCGCGUGUGGUCAGACUGGACAAGGUGGCCCUGCUGGGCGCAACCCUUGACUGUAAAGUGUAUGAGAACUGGAGGCCGCCAUGUUGGAACCAGACAAAUUCAGUAAGCAGUGAUUGGUCCGAGUCAGUUCGAGUCAACGUUUCUAUGGUAACCACCAUCGCCAAUCAGGACUGAGCUCGAAGCUGAAGUCACACUCCUUCCACUGAUGCGAGUUGAGGAGAAUCUGUCGAUCAAAGGUUUCAAAUGUUCGAUGUAAGGACAAAAGGCAACACGUGCUUUUAUUGAGGCAUCUAAUUGAUCAGUUUAUAACUUGAAUAACUUGCUAAAAAGAAUCAUGAAAAAAAAUAGGAUUAGCAAGUACAUGUUAAAGAGCAAGAAUAGUUAUUUUGACAAAUAUAGUGACUGAGUAAAAGCUGCUUAUUUCUCAAUAGAUGUCUAUGGGGAUUUUGGGUUCUUGGACACUUCGUGGGCACUUCCUAUUUAGAACAUGAGGAGGGAGGGGUCACUCAGUCCAGGUUUCUUAUACAGUCAAUGAAUGCACCUGGUUUUCAUGGUUGAGUUUUGGGUUAGCAGCAAGAGAGCUGAAGCAACAUGAAAGCUCAGUUUCAGAGAAAAAGCAGAGCUCAGUCUGCUGUUUAAAAAAACUGAACUGGUCUUUCUUUUCAACAAUAAUGAAUAAAAGUCAGGUAGAUUCUGGAGUGAUGCGUUUUCCCUUAUGUGCAGGAACAUUUUUUACAAAAGAAAAGACAGAGGUAUGUGGAUGGAGGCCUGCAAGGACAAAAUUUUAAAUAUUUUUUUUGUAAUUUAACACCAUGAAUGUCUUUCUGUUGGCCAUUCCAACUCAACUUGCAAUUUUUUGUCUGUUGUUCUUCCAUUAAAUUUGAGUUAAUGUGGAAGGGCUUGUGGAGGCAAAGCAGGUGUAGCAAGUGCGUAACAUCCAUAAAAAUAAAUUAAUGACUUAAAAAUAUAUUGCUGCUUUGAAAAAAAAAAGGAAAUAUUGUCACUUAACUAUCAGACACAAAGCACAACUCUGCGGGGAGAGAAUGGACAUAAAGACAGAGACUGAAACUUAGGUUUAAUAGCAUUUUAAAGAGAGUUCUUGAAAAUAUAUUGCAUAAGGGUCUCAGUACUCAAUAGUUCAUAGCCAACUUUUCUUGAUAGACAGUUUAAUAAGAAGGGUUUGAGGCAGUCAAAGGAAUGGAUCUGUGAAAACACAUUAAAAAAGUGAGGCCAAGAAAAUUGCUCAUAAACGAGGUAAAGUAUUUUCUGACAAACAGACCAACAAAACCCUCUCAUGUUUUUAUACCAAUGAGUAAAUCCUUAUGGUUGGGCUCUUGUCAGUGCAGGUAUUAAUCCUCAGUAGCCAGUUCCACUCAGUGAGUAAAAACCACUGAUAUAACCAGUGAGACAAACCCAAGGCUGUUGGUUCACCCACCUGUUUGGAUAUUGCUUCCACCAUAACUCUGCCUUUUGGAGCCACAGAACUGAAAAUUGACAACACAGUUCUGGUACUCCGUCUAGUGGUGAGGCUUUAAAUUUGAGUCAAGCUUUUGUUCUUCCAAGUCUGUGCUAAUCAAAUCACUUUUUUGAUCAGAAAACCCAAACUUUAAACAUUUAAUCUGAUCAAAACAACCUCAAUGUGGGGCCACAAAAUGUUGCUCCAGAAAGAAAUCCCCGGAAUACUGAGCUGGAAAGCUGAAGCACAAAUGGUCCACAGAGGGUCACCAGAGCCACUGGCUCCCAGAAUUUAUACUUCAGCACUGUUACAUAAAACACUAACAAUAAACUACUAGGGUUCCAAGUUCUGUUUAGCAAAUAUCUGUUAUCUCAAGUUCAUUUUUUGUUGUAAAUAAAUAGUGAACGAUGAAUAAAGAUAAAGUUUUGUAAUAUUUUUUGACAAAAUAUGUGCAACAUUUGAUGGGCUGAUAAAAUAUGUAAAAACCAAUAAUAUGUCCGCUGUAAAAUGAAAUAAGAGAAUAAAAAAUGUUUUAAACCUA